AUGACCGCUGACGUCCAUAGUGUGGGUGCCAUCGGCCAGGAGUUGUUUGAUAUGAAUAUACAUGAUGUAAACGCGUUGCAAAAGUAUUCAUCGCAUGAAUUGCGGGACAAUUUUGCGAAAUUAUUCAAAGUAUUUGUAUCGAUGGGUAUAGACGUGAGGGGCCAGACAUGCGGUCAGGUUAUCAACCAAUACUACGACUGGUCUAUCGAUAAGCAUAGCGUUAAACGUGUCCACGAUUUCAACGCAAUCCUCUAUAAGUCAAUGCAAAGCGAUUGCGAUUUUUUCUAUAAAUAUAUUGUCGAUAAAACUAAAUGA